CACCUGGCCUUUCAACAAUAAUUGACGGAAUUAUGACUUCUCGAGCCAUAUUUCAACGUAUGAGAUCCUAUUCUUUAUAUCGUAUAACUUCUACAAUACAUUUUUUACUAUUUUUCUUUUGCGUAAUCUUGGCUUUGGAUUGGAGUUUACCAGCAGUAUUGUUAAUUAUGAUUGCGCUGUUGAAUGAUGCAGCAACUUUAGCCAUUGCGGUUGAUAAUACACAGAUAUCUGACAGUCCAGAUAAAUGGCGCAUCGGGCAAUUAAUCACGCUUAGUAUAAUUAUGGGAAUGUUUUUAACAAUGUUUAGUUUUGCACAUUAUUUCAUUUUCUUGCAUGUAAUUAAAGUAACACCAGCUAAACUUUUUCCAUCAUCAGCAAGGCGUGAAAAGUUAGCUGCACGUCGUGAACGAUCUUUGUUAAUGAAAAGAAUCGCUAGAAAUGUUAAAAAAAUGAGAAAAGUAUUAUUAAUGAUUAAAGUUAUUAGUGCAUUUAAACAAACAGUUAGUGAGCGACAAGCAAUUA